AUGACUUUCACUGAAGAAGAAGACCACAAAUUGAUCCAACUGGUCGAACAAUACGGCAAAAAGUGGCUACAAAUUUCAAAAUAUUUCCAAAAUAAAAACCAUGAACAACUCAAGCAUCGUUACAGGAACAUUGACCCCACUGUGAGGAGGGGCAAAUGGGACCCCAAAGAAGACAGCGAACUUAUAGAAGCCAUCUUUUAUGGUGUCGAAGACCGCAUCGUUAAUCUGGACUAUACCUUUGCAGACAGAGCCCGAAGAGAUAUCAUUCUCAGAAUCCGAGCUAUCCAUAAUGUCUGUGUCAAGAAUUUCCUACCAAAAGGAGAGCAGAAGGGUAAAUUAAAUACGAAAAUAGGAAGCUCUCGCAGGCUGAAGCACACACGUAAAAGAGUUGUCAAACGAGAGUCAAAGGCUGAGAGCCCGGACAGAAGUACUGAAAGUUCUUGCAGAAGUAUAGUAAAAACUGAGAAUACAGUAAUUAAACAAGAGUUUCAUCCUGGAGUCAACUCAGAGCAAAUGAAGAGCAACACCAGCGGAUACCUCCUUAAAGAAGAAACAAAGGAUGAUAAUUGGACCACUUCUGAGAUCCAGCAGAUCUUCACUUUGCAUCAAGCACUUGGUGAAAAAUGGGAAGAAAUUAAGCCCUUUAUCACCAACCGAACCUCUGAAGAGAUUAGAUACAAAUUUUAUGAAAUAUUACAGCUCACCGCUUGAGAGUACAAGAAAGAUGUUGACCAGAGCAAAGGCUUGCUAUCUGAUAAGUUUCCUAACAAAUCCACUUUAUACCUAGAGGAUCCUCUAAAUUGCCCCCAAAAUAACCUACUAAUCUUCAUUGAAAUGGCCGAAUACCUCCUCAACAACAACAGUAAUAUACUAACCCGACCCUCAGUAGAAGAUUUACAGAAUUUUUUGAAGGAAGAAACCAAAGACUCCUUCCCCCAGCCCCAGCCCCCAGAGGACCAAAGCUCGAAGCCUAAGCGCAAGGGGGCUCCUAAAACAGCAGAGCUUACUAAAAUGAUCUCAGGGUUUUCAUGGAGUAAAAAUACCUGCGAAUCCGACGAGGACUCAUCAUCAGAUAAUGACUCUUACAUCUCCUUAGUAAUAAAUGAAAACUCUAAGAACCUUGAGAAGGCCAGUGAGCUAGGCACUCUCUAACUUAAUUUA